GCAGUCCGGCGCCCUGGGGGAAGAGGCGAAAAUUUCCUGCGAGGCCGGGUACAUGUUUCCAUUUGCUGUUUCGAAAAUCGGCAGUGCAGAAGCUGAUGCCGGUUCAACAGAAGACUUCAUUUUCGAACACACAAUCACCUGCGCGCUCCCAGGUGGUGGCGAGUCAGCAGGCGCACAACUUAUUCCUGGCGGAACCGCAUCUUCACCUGGAACUACAUUCGCCAACCCAUCAACUUUCAACGACGAAGAAGGUUUUUGGACCAACGUGAAGCACUGCGUCCCCGUUCCGGACUAUUGUCCGAAAAACGUAGAGCUGCAUGACGAGAACAAACGACCAAUGAAAAUUCUCAAGUCCGGCUUAUCAAAUGUAAAAAUGUCUGGGUCUGGAAGAAUGCAACUUGUCAUGCUGCAUUUGGAUUCAAGAAAAAUCUGUAUUGCAUGAGUACCAAAAGGAAUGUAAUUUUUGCUACGCGGAGAGGGCAUUUUUCAUGCGGAAUAGGCAUCCAGAAGCUCUGAAAAAAUCUGUGAUGCUAGGGCAUGCAUCACAGACAUCAGGGCUCAUGCAAAACGUGCAUGACAAGUGUCAGAAUGUUCCAGACCCAGACAUUUUUGCAUUUGAUACGGCUCGAUCUCCGAUGAUCUCUUCGCUUCUGAUGUCCAAUGCCUCAACCCCGCGUACACGAAACUCAAAGAGUCCCGCGGCAGUAUCUGGCGGGGGCAGAGCUUAUCCCUGCACAAGAAAGCGGCAGUCUGUCUUGCGGACAAACAGAAAAUUGGGAAGUGGGAGAUUUACGGGAAGUGCGAGAAAGCGGAGAAUUUUUGCUUCUCCAGCGAGGAAACAGAUAAACACUUAACGUGUGAGAAACUGCCGGCGCUUCAGUUUGAACAGUCCGCGUCUGUGACGAUCUGCGCGAAGGGGUAUCUGGAGGAAUCGGUGCUCGAUUGGGAGGUGAAAUUAACGUGCUCCGAGCAAGCGAAGGGGGCUUCCUCACCUUCUCCCACCUCAUCGCAAACACAAGACGACGAUGAUGACAUCUCGAACCGUGGGCAGUACCGCGUGACCGGGGUGCACAGUGAGAGGAAGCACAUUAGUGACGGAUCGAUCUUGGAUGGAAGUAAACUGAAAUGCUUCGCGUCCAAGACCUACUGUCCGGAUUUCAAGCAUAUGAAAUGUAAAAAUGUCUGGGUCUGGAAACUUGUGCUGCUGGGUGGCGUCUCAUGAUGAGGCUACAAAUGCUGGCUCAGCAUGACAAGUUUCUGAGGUCCUAGGUGUUGCCUAGUCUGCAUGACAAACUGCGCUUCUGCAUCACAGAAAAACGGAGCUCUUGGGUAAUGUGCAUGACAGAUUUAAGAGUCAUGCCAGACACGCAUGACAAACAUGAAUUCUUCCAGACCCAGACUACACUUUUACAUUUGAUAAAGCACGUCCCAGUUGUCCCAAGGAGAAAAGGGUUGCCGAAGGAAAUGGAAUUCCCGAGGUUGUUGAAUUCCAGAUUUCCUAUAAAAGAACUCUGCGCGAUCGGGUACGAGCCCGCGAACCCGGAGGAGGACUACCUUGUCUGCACCGAAGACAGGUAUGCGCAGGGGAAAUGGCUGGUGUCGAAUUCACUCGAGUUGACGAGCAAACAGAAAAAAGCGAAACAGGAUCAAUACAAUUGCGAGGCGAUUCAAGAUUGGUGUCCGGAAGUUCUCGAUGUCGAGAAAAACACGAUCAGCAGCUCAAAAAUCGCAGCCACCGCGCAAAUCACCUGUCAACCGGGGUUUACGACGAGCUUUUUGUUCCAAAACAGCAAAUUGAGGUGCAUGGAAAAGCGGAAGUGGGGGUAUUUGAAAAUUGUGGAUCCGAGUAAGUAUCAACAAAGCACGUCUAUGGCUGGUACUACGCGAGGGAUGAAUAUCCCACGAACAAAGUGUUACAGUUACACAUUUGUACGUGAAUUCAGCAACACAAAUUUCUCUGCAUGAGAGAGAAAACUUGUAAUGCAGAAUUUCUACGGGAAAACACCUAUGAAACGAGGCUCCUAUGCAUAUCCUGCAUGACAGAGCUUGUCUGUCUUGCUUGGCCUGCAACCCAAUGUGUAACUGUAACACUUUUUUCUCGCGAUAAUGAACAAUAUUUUUGGCGAUUUUGACCUGUUUGGAUUCGGGGGGACAACGGCGAACGGAUAUGCAGUGCAAACGUAAUUUGGUAGUCGCACUAGUAAAUUGUAACCAUGCAUAACAAAUCUCAUGUCUUAGCCAGAUCCGCAUUCCAAAUUGCAUUUUUUCUCUUGGAAAAUUUGUAUUGCAAUUUUAUCUACAAGAACUACUACGAUAUUUUUGCAAUGCAUAACGGACAGAGAGCUGGUGGUGCAACUGCAGUGACCAUUGACGAUGAAAAAAUCCGGGAUGACCGUCUGCCGCCCGGGGUGAAAAUGAUGUAUUUCGAAGGCGUUCAAGCGCACCAAAAUAAUCCGAGCAGUACAGACAGUAUGGGACCACAAGCCGCAGUCGUGUUGACCGAUGCGACCCCAGGCAGCACACCGGGCGAAGAUCGCGAGGUAUCCUGAGCGAAAACGUCCCCUGCGCAAAAACGUUCUAGAAAAUGCUUCUCAUGGGGCCCCGCAUGAGAAAAAUUUUACGCAUGCUGAUUUGCAUGACAACGUAUGAAAUGGGGACGUUUUUGGAUAGGAUACGAGGACGAUCUUCUGUGCGAGAAGAAGGAAGACUACUGUAAAGCAGUCCAAGAGCAGUCCUUCAGUAUCGAGCCCGGGCUGAUCAACGAAGUAAAAUCUGUGGUUUGCGCCGAUGGCUACGAACCCUUUGCCGCGGUGAAAAUUGUACCUGGAUCGAUGGAACAAGUGGAAGACACUGGUGUUCCAAAUAUCAACAGCCAGAUCGGACAGGAGGAGGACGACGCAGAAGUUUCAUCUCCCGUGAUUAUCACUGCGAAGCCAAAAGAGCACCAGGUCCGCUGCGCACCGUCCGCCAAGGAUCCCCAAAACCUCGGAGAAUAUUUCGGCACCGACCUGAAAAAAGCGUGCGUGCCCAAGAAGAAUUACUGCCCCGAUUUGUCGAAGAUUGUGGAUCCAACGACGGGCGAGAAGACGUUGCUCACACCGUUGCAAAACAGCCAGAUCAACGAGGAGAAGAAGGUGAGUUGCGCCGUCGGGUAUGGUUGUGCGGAAUGUAAUAUGAAAAGGCAAUUUUUGUUGAAAUGCGUAUCAAGCAUAAGCAACGUAAUUUCAUCAUCAAAUGCAGCAUCUUCGGGUACUACCGAUGUUAUUACCGGUCAGUGGCAAUUAGCGGAGAAGUCCAUGCGAGGGAACAAGCCGAUUUUUGAAAACCGGAACCCUUGCAAGCCGAUCGUCAGCUACUGUCCAAAGGACCCGCAGUUGGCGCCGUUCGGCGGGCCGGUUACGAAGGAAAUUGAGAUCUUCGACUUGAAAAAGCAGCUCGGGGAAAACUUCUGCAAAAACGACGAAGAUAUCGGGUUCCGGCUGAAUCCGAAUGAGGCACCGAUCCGGGCGGAGUUGAGCGGGCCGCUGGGUGGUAGAAGUACAACUGGUUUGACGACUUCUAUCGACGAAAGUAAUAGUGCCCUGCCAGCUCCACCGGCCCCUUACAUUCUGCAGUGCAAGCCGAAAUCGGAUCAAGUCGGCGAAUGGCGGGUAAGAGUCACCGCUUUCCCCAGCAUCCCGCCGAUCGCAUUGUCCGAUUUCAAACUUUGCUUACCGGCGAGUUGUGGGGCGAAUGUCGUUACUUACAGCGGAUUCGGGCCGACGAAGGAGGAAACGGGGACGAAGAAGUUUCCGAAGGGGAGUGUUGAGAAAAUCCAGUGCCCGGUUGGGUUUUCUUUGAAGAAGGACUUGGAGAGUUUGAUUGAACAGAUUUUUCCAGCGACCACGACAGGAGAAAAAAACUCAAAAACCGACAACAAUAAGAAUAAACUCCAAGCCACACUGAACAGAGACACUAACACCGUCGAGCUUCGCUGCAGCCAGCACAUUGAAAAGCCGACGGAAGAUUUUCUCUCCUCCGCACUCGAUCCCGACUUCUACUGCGAGCCGAAGAGUUGCCAAGCGGGAAAGAUCACGAACGGGGAGAUUCUCGACACGCACAUUUUCGGCGAGCGCGUCUUCCCGAAAUGCGAUCUGGGUUUCGCGGGGAAGCCCUGCAUGUGUGCGGCGAAUGGGGAAUUCGUGUACUUGCCGGCGACGACAAAUGAGAAAAACAACGACAAAUUCGGCGGAGAAUUCGAAGAGGAAGAGGAGGAACGGAACAGGCCGUGGAAUUUCUUCGGCGGCUUCGGCAGUGGGGGAAAAACCGUCGAUACAACCGCCGUGUUGCAGCAGGCGGACACGGCGGGAACGAGUUUAGAGCCUUGUGCGUGUAAGCUGUCCAAGUCUUUUUGCAACGAGCGGUCGGUCCCAGAUUUACCCUUGCAGGGGAGGAGAUUGACAGGUUUGGGCGAUCAACCUGAUGUAGCGCCUGGUCUUCAAAAGCAAAACCAGCGCCAGGCCGCUGUACAGGAACCUCGAGGCUUGCGGUUGAGACGUCGGCUGUUUGGAGACGAGGAACAAGGAAAUCAGAUCGUCGCGGGGGCCGGCGGGGACAGGAAGAUUUACGGCUCCUUCCGCCCCUCCAUUGACGCGGCACUGGCGGAGACGAGGUACUAUCACUGUCCGGAUAACAUGGUUUUGCCGAAUAACCAGCAUUUUGUCGAGGUGAAAUGCAUCGAACCGACGGAAUCAACAAGCAAAUCGAAGAAAGACCAGCAUAAACGAGUGCAAAGCACGUCGAGUCCCAUCGGGCAAUAUGUCCUCUCCACCACGAACGAGAAGUUUGAUUUGAAGAAUUACCAGUGCUCCGCCCAGCGGUGCCCGGAGUCCUUGGAGCAGUUGAAAAAAGUCGGUUACGAAAUCCUCGACACGAAAGACAACACCUGCAGCGACGUAUCCACUACAAAUAUGUCUGGGUCUGGAAUAAAAGAGCGAAUUUGUGAUGCAUGUUGCAGCCGCCCACACAAAAAUCUGUGUUGCAUGUCUUGCACAAGAUCCCCACUUCUGACCAUGUUGCCGAGAAGCGAUUUGUCAUGCAGACUAGGUAUCACCAUUUUUCACCAAUAGGAGGCAGAACCUGUGAUGCUAAGCCCUGCAUUCCAGAUUUUGUUGAGCUUGGAAAAAUUGCAUGACAAAUCUCGCAAUCUUGCAGACCCAGACAUGCGUGCUAUCCAUACGCCUCCGUCGGGGGCAUCUGCCAGCUCCGCUGCGAGGGGGCGGACGAAGCUUGGGAGGUGUUUACGUGCAGUGACAGCGGAGAAAAUGUUUCGGAUCAGAGUCAUGUUGGCGGAGGCUCGGCAGGACAGCAGGGGGCCGCUUCUACUAGCAAAAACAAGUACAGCUGGGUCUCGAAGGACACGAAGGUAAAGUACAAGAUCGAUCUGAACCGCUGCCAGUCGCCGAUCACGCUGAUGUAUCAAAUGCAAAAAUGUCUGGGUCUGGAAGAAUGCAAGUUUGUCAUGCUUGUCUGGCAUGACUCCAGAAUCUGUGUUGCAUAGGCACGAAAAGGCCCUCGAACCUGUCAUGCAAAAACGCAGUUUGCCAUGCGGAAUACGUAAGACGUGGCAGCCAAAGGGUUUGUCAUGCAUAGCUGCGUACUGCAGUGCUUCUAUCAUUCACUUUUAGCAUUACAAGUUUCCAGACCCAGACAUAUUUGCAGUCCAUAUGAUGCUGCAAGACGCGAUGACGAAGGAACCUGUUACGUUCAGCCAAAUCGACUCUAUAUCCUGUGCAAAAGUAUCGUACUCGUAUUGCAAUCAUGCAUUACAAAUCUUUCUCUCCAGGUAAAUCAGCACUACAAAUUUUAUUUCUCAUGCUGAGGAAAUUUGUGAUGCAUUUAUAAGAGUGCGAUACUUUUGCAGUGCAUACUCUAUCGAGAUUGAGAACGAACUCUACGGGAACCGAAACCUCCAGAUCAACACGAAGCAGUUGGCGAAGAAAAACCGCGCCGUUUUCACGUGGCAGCAGGGCGACGUGGGGCAGUUGGUUUUGUCCCCGAAGCAAACCGCGGAGGCGCAGACCGGGAUUCAGUUCAAGCAGGCCAGUCAGCAGUACGGUGAGCAAUUUAUCGCGAAGGAUUUGGCGAAUCCAAACCGGAAAAUGCUGUUGUUCCUUCUGGACCGGGUUAUGGACCACGGAGACGUCAACGAAGACUGCACGUUCGCCGGGGAAAUUUCCUCCUUCCGCGCGGUGCUCUGGUGGGACCAGUACCCGAAAGAUUUGGAUCUGUACGCGACCUACAUGGAGUGCAUCGACCAGGUGUACGAUCUAGAAACCGCGAUUGCGGAUUCCCACGAGUUCCUCUCCUUCGGGGAAACAAAAUCGACCUCGAAGGGCGGGCAGAGCAACGGUGACGGGCAGGUCCACAUCAACUACCCGCGGAUCACUGACGAUGCGAUUGAGGCGGACUCAGGUACCGCGGGGAAAACGACAGACCUGUGGAUCUGGUCGGUCAACCCCACGCCAAGUUACGCGAUUUCGUACCAAAUGGGUUUAGUCGUUGGGAAAUCGGGAAAGCCGGUGUACAGCCGGGCCACGGGGACGGGGCAUCCUUAUCCUGUGUAAAACCGUCCCCACCUCCCCGUGGUCAAAAUGGCAGAUCUGCUACACAAGUCAAGAAGGUUUUGCUGUUGCGCAUGACAAGUGUAGUCGCGCGCAGCUGGUGGAGUAGCUGGUGCAGUCUGUCGCAUUGCAAGUCAAUUUUUUUAUGCUGAUUCGAGCAUGACAAAUUUCCUGAUAGUGUUGGAAAUGCCCGUUGUAUAUUGAGGUGCGCAUGAGAGACAAUUUGGGCACGCAGAUUUGCAUGACAAGCAUGGGAUGUUGGGGACGCUUAUUGUCAGGAUAAUCCCCGGGAAUUCGCCACGGAUGAGUUUGACGAGCUGAAAAAAUGGUACAAAAUAUCAAACAAAAAAAGUUCGUCACGAUCACUCAUGCGCAGUUUUGCAAUACAAAACUUUCUGUCAUGCGUCAAAAUGCAUCACGGCCAAACUUCAGAAGGGGUUUCCUUUGAGUGUUUCUGCAAUACAAGAAAAACCUGUGAUGCUGGAAAAGUUUCUCAUGCAAAGCCUGCAAGUUAGUGACUGUGACAAACUUCUUGCCUUCCAUACAAAAAGUACCCAGACGUGGAAAAAUUGCCGUCUUUUUACCUCCCGUUCGCGAAAGGGAUAUCAAAUGCAAAAAUGUCUGGGUCUGGAAGAAUGCAACUUGUCAUGCUAAAUCUGGAUCAUGUAUUAAAAAUCUGUGUUGCAUGAUUUCCAAAAGCUGUCCACUUUUGACCUAAUCGAGAGGCAGUUUCUCAUGCAGGAUAGGCAUGAUAGAACUCUCACAGAAUCUGUCAUGCUAUUUCCUACAUACCAGGCCUCAUGGGUCAUGAAAAACCUGCAUGACAAGUCUGGCACUCUUCCAGACCCAGACAUUUUUGCAUUUGAUAAGGGAGCAGUGGUGGCAUCAACUCUGGUGCAGCUGCAGGCGGAGCUGCUACUGCAGGAGACGACGAAGGCGGCGUCUCCUCUGGGUCGGAGAGCGAUAGUAGUCCCGGGGCCCCGGGAGCAGGUGGGGCAGGAACAACAUCUUCGCAGAACACCGUGAUGAAAAAGCAGGACCUCGCCGCGCGGAAGCACCGGGCGGCUUUUGGCAACCCCAUGACCUUCUUCGCGGACAAGAAAUUCGAGAAAUUCAAGCACUACGCGACUUUAGAUAUCCGCGAAGCCGGCUACGACGUUUGCCCGAUCGUGUCCUGUGCUUCUAAACUGCAGGAGUUGCGGUCGAGCAACAAGAAAGUGGCCAUGUUUGACAAGAAAAACUGCGUGCCCACGAUCAACCAGCGGUCAAAGUGGGUCUCCUGGAUUAUCGCAAGAAAAAACUGUUUCGCUGUGAACUUGUGAUGCAGAGAAUGGGGCACAGAACGAGCUGUCUUGCUACACCUGCAAGACAUUGGAUUUUUUAGUGUGUUUUCACUUGGCAAGCGCGCAUGCCAAAUAUUUGGUGUCAUGUGUAACUUGUGAUGCCGAUCUUGCAAGAUCAUCACAGUGAAGCAGUUUUUUCGUGGGAUAUGGAUCAGCCCGCUCUUAUAUGCUCUGCAAAAGUAUCGUACUCGUAGCAAUUGCUGUUAUGCAUGACAAAUCUCUUUUCCAAGGUAAAACAGCAUUACAAAUUUCAUUUGUAAUGCUAAGUCGAUUUGUAAUGCAAUUACUAUAUAUUAUAUUCAUGCGAAAAAAGAGGUAGACAGAGGGUAAACAAGAGGUGGCCGAGAGGUCAAAAAGAGGUCAAAAGAGGUAAAAAAGAGGUCGACAGAGGUGGAGAGGUGGCGCGGGACCCCUUUCGAGAGGGUCGGCGAGAGGGUGCGCGAGUAUAGCCCGCCGAAGGACCCACCUUAAGGCGGCGCCUAAGUGCCUCAGAGGGUGCAGAGAGGUCACAAAGAGGGGGCGCGAGAGGUCGACAGAGGUCGAGAGAGGUGGCGCGAAUAAGGGCCAACCUCUCGCGCACCCUCUCGGCCACCUCUGGGCCACCUCUGUCGACCUCUACCCUCGAGUAUAGCCGGACUAUUAGCGGGGACCCCCAAAAGAGGUAAAAAAGAGGGUCUGCGAGAGGUCUGCGAGAGGGUAAAGACACAAAGUAGCGGGCGCGAAUCCGCAUGGGAGUCCCCAUAUUUAGCGUCGCAGGCUCUUCGCGGACUUGUUUUGUCCGGCGCCUGUCCCCACCACCCUCUCGCGCACCCUCUCGCGCCACCCUCUCGCGUCACCCUCUCGCGCACCCUCUCGCGCCACCCUCUCGCAUCACCCUCUCGCGCACCCUCUCGCGCCACCCUCUCGCGCGACCCUCUCGCGCCACCCUCCCGCGCCACCCUCUCGCGGCGGGCGGCUUCUGUUCGCCCCCGGUGUUCUUUGCAGUUGCUCCCUGCGCAGAGCGCCCACAGGCGCGGGAGGCGCGCAAGUAGUCCUGCGGGUUGGCGCGGCGCAAACUCCAGUAUGCUUCGUUGCGCACAGGCCCGUGGCGUUGUGGUCCGAUCGGCAAACUGUCUUGCCCCGGUCCAACAGCCUUGCGCUCCGGCGGCAGCCGGAGCAUGGCUGGUUCAUACUAGUACGAUACUUUUGCAGUGCAUAUCUUAAUGCAUCUGGAGACCACGUACGACCGGAAAUUGAGCGGCGGUGGGGCCGCAAAACUAUAUGCAUUGUAAAAAUGUCUGGGUCUGGAAGGUUGGAACUUGUAAUGCUAGCUUUCCAUACCUAGAAAAUCUGUAUUGCAUAACCAACAAAAGUCGCAGCCUCUUUUGUCAGGCAAAAACGCAGUCUCUCAUGCGGAUUGCCUAUGAGAAAGCGUUUUGGGAAGUUGUCAUGCCGGACUGCAUUCGAAAGUGUUUUCAUCAUGCACAUUUUAGCAUCACAAGUUUCCAGACCCAGACACUUUUUGCAUUUCAUAAACUACCUGCAGUAGUACAGUCUUCUUCGUCCGCAGAUACUGAAAAGUUUUUCACCACUCGGCUGCAGAAAAGUCUGCAGGUUGAGCAGGAGAAGAAGCGUUUGUUGGUAGAGAAGGGUCAAUUGAACAAGAAAACUUACGAAAAAUUCUUGAAAUCCAUGUCCAUGUGGAAGGCCAAGGGGAACAGUAAGAGAGUGCACAGCUUGCCCUCUCCCUCACUUGUCAUGCAAAACCCCGAAUCCAAGCGCUUCCCGGUGGCACUGUUUGCAUGACACAUUCUGGAAACCCAAACAGUACUACACGACGCGCAUGAAUUAUUUGUCAUGCACAUGCUCUACGUGUGCUCGGUUUCUAUUGCUGUUCAUGCAAUACAAACGAGGGGGAUGGGGAGUUGUUGUGCACUCUCAUAAACAGUCGCUUGGAGUUAGAAGUGGACCACCGCGACGGCUUCGGCCCGGAGACGAUCACGAUGACCAAUGUGCCUCUAUCCUGUGCAAAAGUAUCGUACUCGUAUUGCAGUCAUGCAUUACAUUAAGUUAAAUCCGCAUCACAAAUUUUAUUUCUCAUGCUGAGGAAAUUUGUAAUGCAUUAGCAUUUAUACGAGUGCGAUACUUUUGCAGUUCAUAGCCUCCGGGGCUGUAUAAAUUCGGCGUGCACGCUUUUACGGAAGAUAUGUACUUGCGGGAUGCGACGCCGACGGUAGUUAUGGGUUCUUCUAUAUAAUUCCAACAGUUACAGUAUCAGUACCAUGAGAACAUCAAAGCCAAACUCUGAAGCUGCAAGAUUAAGCAUGAGAAGAACUCGCUUCGGAAAAACAAGAGCAAUUUUCUUUCGUACGAUAUUUUUCCCCUAUAAAAAUGACCAGGUGAAGUUUUGGUUUGGCGACACGGUGUUGAUUCAUUGCAAACUUGACCGCGACUCCUGCGACGACCCUCAAUAUUCGGAUGUCCGCUGGUGGAGCGUCGCGACGGUCCUUAUCCCCUAAAAAUGUGCCAUCCCCAUCCGAUUUGUCAUGCAAAGCAUAUAGGAAACUCUGUGUCUGUCAUGCAGAAAAUGGAUGGGGAGCAUUAAUUUUCACCCAAUAGUCAUCGUGGAAGAGCUCCCGACGAAGACCACCGACCCGGUAAGCAAGCAGCAGAAGCAUAUCCUAUGUAAACACCGUCCCCAUCCCAGCCAUAGUCAAGAUGGAAAAUCUGCUAUACAAAUCAAGCAGAUAUGGUUGCUGCGCAUGACAAGUUUGGCUCCGUAGUGAAAUUCUGUUUAGCUAGCUCCAGCAGCAUCACAGAUCUAGAAUAUCAUGCUGAUUCGAGCAUCACAAAUUUCAAAACGCGACGAGAAAACGCUUCUCAUGGGGCUUUGCAUGAGAAACAUUACUAUCUAUUAUAUUCAUGCGAAAAUAUGGGUUUGGAGAGGGUAGACGAGAGGUGGCGGGGAGGUGGAAAAGAGGUCAAAAGAGGUGAAAAAGAGGUCGACAGAGGUGGAGAGGUGGCGCGGGAGGUCAUUCGGGAGGGUGGCCGAGGGGUGGCGCGAGUAUAGCCCGCCGAAGGGGUCGCCCUUUGGGGCCGCUAAGGGCCUCGGAGGGUGCAGAGAGGUAAAAAAGAGGGCAAGCGAGAGGUGGACAGAGGUGCCGAGAGGUUGCGCGAAUAAGGGGACCCCUCUCGCGGACCCUCUUGGCCACCUCUCGGCCACCUCUGUCGCCCUCUACCCGCGAGUAUAGCCGGAUUAUUAGCGGGGACCCCCAAAAGAGGUCAAAAAGAGGGUCUGCGAGAGGUCUGCGAGAGGGUAAAAACAGAAAGAAUUGGGCGCGAAUCCGCAUGGUGCUGCCCAUAUUUCGCAUUGCAGGCCAUUCGCGGACCUGUUUUGCCCGGCGCCUUUCCGUGCCACCCUCUCGCGCACCCUCUCGCGCAACCCUCUCGCGCUACCCUCUCGCGCCACCCACUCGCUCUACCCUCUCGCGCCGGGCGGCUUCUGUUCGCCCCCGGUGUUCUUUGCAGCUGCUCGCUGCGCAGAGCGCCCACAGGCGCGGGAAGCGCGCAAGCGGUCCUGCGGGUUGGCGCAACGCAAACAGGCGGCAGGAAUCCAGUACGUUUCGCUAUGCGCAGGCCCGUGGUGUUGUGGUCCAAUCGGCAAACAGUCUUGCCCCGGCCCAACAGCCUUGCGCUCCGGCGUUAGCCGGAGCAUGGCUGGCACUUAUCAUGCAGGUUUGCAUGACAGCAGCUAUGGGGCGGGGGCGUUUUUACAUAGGAUAAAGCAAAAUUACCGCGUCAAAUUACUCCAAAACGAAGCGCAGCAAAAAAAGAAGCUGCAAUACCGGGAUUUGCCAACCCGGGAGGACGUGAGCCCGGAUUUUGCGCGGGGAAGCUCGCUAUCAAAUGCAAAAAUGUCUGAGUGGUCUGGGAGAUUCUGAGACCUGUCAUGUACGUUUUGCAUGAGCCAUGAUGCCUGUGAUGCAUGCCGUAGCAUCACAGAUUUUUCGAGGAGUUCUUGAUGCCUAUUUCGCAUGACAAAUGCCCGAUCCGCGUAGCAAAAAUUGCAUUCCCUUUGCUACUCAUGCAAUACAGAUUUUUUUGGAAUCCAAAAGCAGCAUCACAAGUUUGCAUUCUUCCAGACCAAGACGCUUUUGCAUUUGAUACUCCCGGAGGAGGUACUACAAACGCGUGAAGCUGUUGUAUGAAGACGACAGUGAACAGGAAUUAUCCUGUGCAAAAGUAUCAUACUCGUAUAGCAGUCAUGCAUUACAAAUCUUUUUCUCAAGGUGAAUCCCCAUUACAAAUUUUUAUUUCUCAUGCUGAGGAAAUUUGUAAUGCCUUUAUACGAGUGCGAUACUUGUUUUGCAGUUCAUAGGAAUCGAAAUCCAACAACUGGACUCUGCAGAAGAAAACCUGCAGCUCCCACUGCUGGGUCGAAAAAGGGGUGGCCGACAAGUGUCUCGGGUGAGACAGGACUGGUAUGUUAAAUUUUGCGAUAAAAAGCGCAAGCGCUGGAAGUACUUGGAUCUUUAAUGCCAGCGACACAGCACUUUUCACAUUUUUUGAUUUCUCAAAGCUCAACGCUUUUUCUUUUUUUGCCCCUAUCUAUUUUUUGCGAAUGAAAAAACAACAAACCGACCCUAUUUUCGUACAUUAUAACCAAAAUACAAUGAAAUUUAAUUCCAAAUUCAUCAUGAAUCCAAUUUUAUCAAUACUACCGUCUUAUUUUCUACUGCUUUAGGAGCAAGCAGUAUUGAGCUACGCUGAAAAACAAUUCAAACUAAAGCCAACGACAAUAGAAUUUACAACCUACAUGUACAUACGCUGAUCUUUAUUUCGCAGCUUUUCAGAAGAUGAUAUUUUUAUUUUUUCGUGGCCUCAGGAUCGUAGCCAUCGUCGUAGCACAAGGAAUCUCCGACUCAGUUUCACCUUUUUGCGUGGCCUGUGUUUAUUUUUCGGUGGAAGCAAUCUCCACAGGAUCACGAAAAAAAGUUUUGCAGCUUAUCUUCAAGUACUUAUUUCUCGUCGGUGUAAAGAGAUACAACAGGAUACCAAAAGAAGGGCAUACUAGUCUCAGGGGCCGCGUGGCUUUUCCCACAUUUAGGUUCUUUGCUGUUGAAAUGGACUUUAUGUAUCUACGGCAGUUCUUGUGGUGUUCAUACACAUUUUAAAGGCGACACCAGAACUUAUUUUCUAAAAGCACGACUCCGUGCCCUUUCGAAGAUGUCUGUCCGGCAGCGCUGCAAGAGAUCAC